AUGAUCAUUAAGACCACCGCUUACUCUACUUUGGUUGGGGGAGCCGGAGCUUCACAACCAGCCUUUGACGACGCUGCGAAUGACCUCAACGCACUUCAUGCCAUCAACAAAAUCGAGUUCAACUCUGGUUGGGUCGUUGACGGAAUCAGGGUCACAUACAGCACAGAGCUAGGACUUGAACGCGUGAAAGUUCAUGGAACCUUCAACGAGGCUCACGUACGAGACAAGGUUGUGACAAUCGCAGGCAUUGCCGCGAUGGGCUUGCAUGGUCAUCCAAACGGCCGAUACGACUACGGUGAUUGCAUCCAGAAAAUACGCUUCCGCAUUACCAACUCGAAAACAGGGAGCGAGCGUCACACUGAGUACUUUGGAGCCGCUGAACAGCUCCAAAAUCCCCAGGAGUUCAAGUGGGAAGGACGUCUCUCCUCCUUUGCUGGCAUCGCGGACAACAGCCUCAGCCAAGUAGGCCUCAAAGGAUUGAAGUUUGGUCAAAUCACCGGCAAGGUCGUUUUGGCUGAAUCUAUUCCCUAUGGGGGUGGCCGCAGCCCCGAGCUCAUGGGACAAGAGUACAAUGACCUACAAAGUUUCGGUGCAGAGCUUGACUUCCAGAAACCUAUCAAAUCUAUCGAGGUCUGGUCGGGCCAAGUUGUCGAUGGCCUUCUUGUGACAUACAACCUGGCGGAUGGUAGCACCAAGGAUGUGAUGCAUGGUGCUGGGGGCGGAGGAAAGACUAAAAUUUCUCUCUCUCCCACAGAGCGCAUUGUUGAGGUUAAUGGAAUCUACGGUGUUGCAUCUCCUACCACCAACUGGGGCACUCAGAUUCAGCUUUUGACCUUGAAGAUCCACGAUUCUGCUACUGGCUUUUACCGCCAUACGGCCUCUUUCGGCAUUCCUAGUCAGAGUGACUUUGUCCAAGAAACUCGCAAGGAUCUCUGCGUCCGUGGACCUCUCGUCGGGUUUGCAGGAGUUGCUAAUAAUAGUGCCAACCAGGAGCACCAUUCGGCGUUGCUUGCCUUGCUUGUGCGUUCUCACACGUCUUUGGCUGCUCUUUCUGCCUAUGCGAGCACUGCUUCGCCCCCUGUUGCCCAGGCCCUUAGAGGAUGUAUACAGGCGUUUGCUGCUGCCGACGAGGGACUGCGCGGGUACGCUGUGGCCUUGGAAGGGUGGAAGGAAGAGUUGAAAGAGGUCAAGCGCGUGGAAGACGAACUCAAGGCAGUCGUCAAGGAUAAAGACAUUUUAGUAAACCGCCUCAUCAAAGCAAGCAAGCAAAAGAUCCCAACAUCUUCCAUACAGGCUGGCCCCGCUCCCAUACCUCACGGAUCCUCACCCUCUUCAUCGUCCUUUUCCCUCCCCACGUCUCAACCAUACAGUUACACACCCACUCCCCACGCAACGCAACACAUCAAUUCGAAAUUGGCCCAGGCUCAGAGAGAGUUGCAGGCAUGUGAAACACACUUGGCAGGCAAGGAAGCCGAGCUCGCCGAGGUGAGACGCAGUGCCAUUGCAGAGGGAAUGGCCAGGCGAUGUCGAGCCAUGGCGGAUGCGGGACAUGUUUGGCGUGAGACAGGCGAGGUGGGAUUGAGCACAUUGGGAGAGCUUAGUAAUGAGGACGCGAGUGCCGCUCCACCUCAACUCCCGCACUAUAACCCACCACGCCGCACAUUCUCCACUCAUUCUUCCGGUUCAUCAUCCUUAGCCCCAUCACACUCGGCAUCUCAACAACGACACUCGCGCUCUCAGUCCCCGUUCUCCCCAGCCUACUCACAUGGCAGUCGUUCCGCAUCACCCGGUCCGGGGACAUACCACUCCAUCAACGGAGGAUACCAACACUCUCACCCACUCCCCGCUCUACCCGAACGCAACUCGUGGCACGUAGAAGACACACCUGUCCGACGACCCGAACCGAGUCGAAGACCCAUUAGCCUGAUUGAUCCUCCCAGAGCACCGGCACUACACCGUCGACCCAUCUCGUCACACGAACUCCCCCCGCUGCCGGACGAAGUCCGAUUCGAUAUCCCGCCUCCGCAUUCGAUCGGACACGAUACUAACGAAUUCAUCCCCCUCGGCCGGCCCGUUUCGUCUACUGACCAUUCUGGAUCCGGAGACCGAUGGGCCGACUCGAGUUCGGACGAAGGUGGAGGAGAAUACCGAGUGGUGGAGAAUGAGGGAGGUGUAGGCAGGACAUGGGAAGAUGAUGUCGAUCCGGAGAUUUUGAGAGCUGUUGAACGGAUGGGGAUGGUUGUUCCCGUCAAGGAGGAGAGGCAGAGACAAGAGGUGCUGCGUUUUACUUGCUUACUCUUUGCGUUGAUUCUAAUGAGUCUUCGGAAUACCCCGCCUACCCCGCCUGAUACGGUUUCGUCCUCGAGUCCGGCUAGGUUGCCAGAUGUGAAGAUUAUCGAGGCUACACCGCAAAAGACCAAGGGAAAGGGAAAGAAAAAGACCAAGCGGACCAAGAGGGACGAGGAGGUUGGGCAGAGUGAUCAGCCAGUGAGGCGGAGCGAGCGCGGCGUACUUGGGCGGGCCGACGACGAUACGGUUGUACUGGCUCCCACGCCAACUGCGAGUGCACGUGUGCCCGAGCCUGCUCCCAAGGUUAUUUCGAGCGAAACUAGCACCAAGGCUAUUCCUAGCCAGCCCAGCGCCAGGGCUAUUCAUAGCGACACCGUUCCCAGAGCUGUUUCUCCUAGGCCCGCUUCGCCCGCUCCCGCUUCACCCGUCGUGGCUCCCAGGAUUGCUUCACCUGCUCCCAGGGCUGUUUCGCCUUCUCCCAGGGAUGCUCCACCUGCCCCGGUUCCUGCCCACAGAGUCGCUUCUCCCUCGCCCGCACCUGCUCCUCGAGUCGCGUCGCCCGGGCCAUCGCAUAUAAAGCCCACCUCUCCUGUUCUCGCCCCCACGUCAACUCUCUCGGCCCCCGCUCCUGUUCCUGCGUCAGUUCCCCAGCCUACGAUGCUCCAGAUCGCCCAUGCACCCGUGCCCGCACACGAGCUCUCUCGUCCUCUGAGCCCCAUCUCGCCCGUGUCUAUUCUCAGGACAUCAUCAUCAUCGGCGCCACCCGGCGACCCGCGCGGCAAUGACGUCAAUCCGGACACAUUCCCAGCAUUGCGCUUGGCUGCCGGGAUCCAAGAUUCAUCAUCAUCAUUACCACCAUCAUCCUCAUCGAAACCAAUCGCGAACGAGGUCGAGACUCUCUCGCCAGAGGGUAUAUUCCAGACCAGCCAAGGGGUUGCGAUCGAAGAGCCACAAGCGCCCUCGACUGCGUACAACACGCCUAGACCACCGCCGAGUUUACUGGAAGCGGCCGAAACGGCUGAUUCCCCCGUUGUAUUAGACGACACCCCGGCCCCCGAGGUUCCAAAAGCGCCCUUACUUCUCGAGGUACCAAAAGCGGCUUCUGUCCUGGGUUCGCCAAAAGAAGCGACUCCAUCACUGCUCGACACGCCAAAAGCUCCCUCGACCGUGUUCGAAACUCCGAGAGCUCCACCGAGCGUGUUGGACACGCCCAAGGCCGCCUUGUUUUCCCCGGCUCUGCAUCCUGAAAGCGUGUACCAGACACCGCAGGCUAUUCCGUCGGAUAUCCCCCGCGUACCGCAGUACGAGACGCCCGGGAUGGUACAACCCGAGAGUCCUCGGUCGCCCAAAUCGCCCAAAGCGCAACUUGCCAAGCCGUCCAAACCCACCGACGUUCCGAAAUCUCCCAAGGCUGAGCAGACGGGAUUGAUUACCCCCAUGGCCACUGGCGGCUCUCAUUCGAAAUCGCACAUGGUCGCGUCGGCGUCGGAGCCUCUUGGGCAAGACCGUCCGAAGACCAAGUCGACGUCCAAGCGACGGACCGUGAGCGGGGACGACACCCCAGCUCGGAAAAAGACGACCAAGAAAAAGGGACAUUCGCGCCAGACGAGCGCGGUUGAAUCGGUUCGGCCCAGUGUCCAGCCUCGUCAGCCGAGUGCGGAGGAACGUGCGGAUUUGGCUGCCAUGUUGCGUGAUUCGGACGGGAGCGCGCCGCAUGUGCGGUUCCCACCUCCGUCUGCCCCCGCUGCUUCUCCGGGUGGGACUAUGUUUGUGGCUAGUGCUCCGCCACCUCGAUCUCAACCUGGUGCACUCUAUCUUCCCUCGAACGGCGGCGCCGGCGGCGGGGGGACGACGCGAUCGGAUGUCGGACCUGCGAGGGGCAACCAUUUCGAUGUUGCUCCGUCCCCCAUUGCUUCUGCCCUGGUCGCAACCGGUCUGGAUCCCUCGUCCGACGACGAUCAUCGCCCCGGUAACCUCGUCACUGUGACCAACGUCAAUCCUCGUUUGGUAGCUGUCGACAAUACCGCCCCCGGGUCUCCAAAGCGUAACGCGCUGGGACGCAAGUUGACCAAGGCCGACAAGGGACAGACGUUACGAGUGGGUCCGCCCCCCGAGUCGCCUACGCGGACAAGAAAACCGUCGAUCACCGAGGAGCAGAUUGUCCCCGCCAAAGCCAAGAAAGCCAAGUCCCGCUCGGUCGACGGUGGAGGAUUGAUGGCGAUCGUCGAGGGACCAGGGCUUGUCUUGCCUUCUGAACUUGCUGCUCGACGAACUGAUUCACCUGGUCCUGGCCCUCGAGCCGAGUCUCCUGCACCUGUUCGGCCUCAUACUUUGGCGGUUCCUCCUGCUACGGCUGUGUCCCCCGCUACGACUGCUUCUCCUAGGCCCGUUCGAGCGACUUCACCUAUGCCUUUGAAGAGUGCCCUACGUAAUAGGACGCCUUCGCCGUUACCUCCCGCAAGGGAUGCUCCAUCUCAGCCUGCUUUGGCUGUCCCCCCUACCAACGCCCCUGCUCAAUCUCCCCGCAAUAGUAUCGCUGAAUCCAUUUACGAGACGGGCGAAGAGGACUUUGAUUCUGCGACCGAGGGCGAUGAUGAUAGGAGCGAUGUCACCGCAUCUGGACCUUCCAAACCUACCAGCAUCCCAGUCCCCGCCUCCACCCAGGUCGUUCAUUCUCCCGGUGCCGCACUUGCCGCAUUCAAGGACGGUCUCCAAGCAUCUACCUCUGGAGGAUCUGUAUCUACCGCCGGUCCUAAAUCUGCCAACAGCACCCGUAAGAGCGUCCGCAUCAAUCCUGCCCCGCCUCAAAUGAGCGCUACCCCAACUGCCACGCCCGGUCUGAACUCGACGAGGAGCCAUCUUGGACGCCCAAGGAGCACAAGGCCAGCACUUCCUCUUCUGGCGCAUGGGCGAGCCGAAUCGGGAGGGGAUGGGAAGAUAGCAGCGACGAAUCGAUCGACGAGGAAUAUGAGCGUGUUCGAAGCGCACUGGCGACGAGCUCGAAACAUAUGGAGCUAUGAAUAG